GUUGAUGGUGUAAAAGUGGGUGACCACCCCUUGGUGUCAAGGUUUAUGACUGGCCUGUUUAAUCAAAAGCCAGCCCUUCUACGCUACUCUGAGACUUGGGACCCCCAAAUAGUGCUUAACCACCUUAAGACAUUUCCAGCCAUUGAUGAUAUGUCACUGAAACAGCUUACCCUGAAACUGGUCAUGCUUAUGGCCCUAUUGUCUGCACAGAGAGUUCAGACUUUACAGUCCUUGUCCUUGGAAGAAAUGAGUACCCUACCUGGAAAGUAUGUCUUUCGCAUCUCUUCUGUUCUAAAACAAACAACUGCCAAAGGGGGCCAGAACAGACAUUUACUACCUGUUACUUUUCAUAGUUACCCCCUGGACAAACGACUGUGUAUCGUGGAGCUACUUUCAGCUUAUGUUAAAAGAACCGCUCCUCUCAGGAAAGAGACAAAGCAGUUGCUUAUUUGCCAUGCUGAACCUCAUGGACCAGCUUCAAGGGACACAAUAUCACGUUGGAUAAAACAAACCAUGAAGGAUGCGGGAAUUGAUACUACGGUUUUCAAACCCCACAGCACUAGGGGUGCCUCUACUUCAGCAGCUAAAGCAUUGAAUGUUCCUGUUCAGGUUAUAAUGAACACUGCUGGAUGGCGUUCUGAUUCUACUUUUGCUAAAUUCUAUGAUCGCCCUGUCCUCACUACAAACAACUUUGCUGCAGCAAUUCUGGGAGAUAAGAAAUAA